AUGUCGGUUUUGAGGGUGCCUAUCACGGAUUGCAGCAUCUCCACAGUCAGUGUUUCCGUGGGGCCGGCAUUGGCAGCGUUCGGUGGCGGGGGUGAGUCGGGAGAAGUUGCAGGCUUGCUGCGGCCUGCUCUUGCAGACUCUGUUUUUGGCCGGGUUGAUGUCAUUACGAAUUUAAAUUUAUUAAACUUGAACUGAGUUGUUUAUGGGUCUCUUCAGACGCCUGGGCAAACAGAAAUGUAUGCAAUUUUGCAAAGUUAAAUAUAUAAAUUUGGUCACUAAUUCAGGAGCGAUAGGGAGACGCGUGCUACAUCCUUGGCUUCCAACAGCGCCCCCGCUGCAAAGCAACUCUAACAUCUGGGAAACUUUUGCUGCUAAAUAGCAUAUGAUACAUUACAGGUAUUCCUAAUAAUCCUAAAUAGUAAGCCUUAGACAAGUAAGCCUUGUCUGAGCCAGAAUGACACAUAGGGGCAGGAGCAAGUACACCCCCUGGACAGGACGCUAGUCAGUCGCAGGACCUUACCCCCAAUCCAUUUCCUUAAUGUCGAGUGCCAAGCAGAGAGGCAUGAGGUUCGAUCCUUGGUAUGACUCAACCAGGGAUGGAACCCCCAGUCUUCCAAUCUCAGUGCAAGCACUCUAACCACUGUGUUGGCCAUUGUGUUGGUUUAUUCAUUUAUGACUGAAUUCAUCGUUUUUAUGGGUAUCAUUAGCUUAUCAUCCUGACUAUUGUGAGGACCAUCCCGUAAUAGCCUCUUAUGAUUGGUUACUUUGAAGUCUUCUCUAAAGAUAAGUGUUUGGAGGUGAGAGGUUAAUUUGAAUCAGAUUACAGUCAGCUCUCUAUCAGGAGCAGUAAAGAGAGCCUUGAGUCUUAUCUAUCCAUGACCAUGGAGAUGAGUUGCGAAGGUCAUGACUUGUUUGCAUUAUGAUAAUCAACUCUUAGAUAAAACGUCCUUAGAGCGCCCUCCGGACUCUUCGCUCAUCAUCAACAACUCUGGUCCUUGAGUCAAUAAAGCAGUGGAAAAAAUUUAACUCAACACUGUAGUAUAAUCAGGGACCCCAUUCACCCUGGUCAUGAAUCAGGCAAAUCCUUCAGUCUGGCAGAGAGUACUGAAGUAUUAAAGCUAGAAUCCUUAAUUGAAACAAUAACAAAACCGUCACCCUGCCUGUGUUUUGGUAAAAAGCUGAGAGAUGGGCCUAGAGAAAUAUAACCACUCUCAAACUCAUAGACAGAGCUAUGGAUACAAGUACGGACCUCCAUGAUAUCAAAAUGAUAGUUUUAGGGCUCUAUUCAAUCUGUAUCGCUGAAGCAUUACAGAUUGCGCAAUAUAAAUGUAAAGGUCAUUUCUGAUUGAGCCGACAUAAGCAGUGUUUACCGUGAAUGCUGUCUCCGCUAACGCAGGAACAUUGCCUUUAAAUUUCAAUCAUUCUGUAACACUGAAUUUCCGCAGUAAGGAUUGAAUAGAGGAGCCCUUAAAGGUCCAAUGCAGCCAUUUAAUGCAGCCAUUUUGAUCUCAAUAUUAAAUAAUUUCUGGGUAACAAUUAAAUACCUUACUGUGAUUGUUUUCAAUUAAAAUGGUCAAAAUGAAACAAAAAUAGCUUUUUUAGCAAAUAGCAAUUUCUCAAGCAAGAAUUUUGCUAGGACUUUCUGGGAGUGGUCUGAGUGAGGAGGGGAAACUGAAAACUAGCUGUUAUUUCUUUCUUACUAAUUUACCACCUGGUGAUGUCACCAGGCAGGUCAAAACUCCAUCCCACCAAAACAGGCUGAGAUUUCAGGUGGUCUUUUCAAACAGCUCUUACACUAAAAUGGCAUUAUCAUAAUUUUUACAAUUUCACAGUAUUAUUCCAACCUCAUAGUGUGGAAAUAUAUAUAAAACACAGGAAAAUACAUGUUUUCUGCACUGGGCCUUGUUUGUUUACAAACAUUGGAGUAAAACAAGCUUGUAUUUUGGAUUCUGAUGCGGUAGGAGUUGAACUAAACUCAUGAGGCAUUUAUAAGUUAUAUUCUUUAAGCAUCAAUGAGUAUAUGACUGGAACGAACUGCAAAAAUCUCUGAAGCUGGAGACUCUUAUCUCCCUCACUAACUUUAAGCGUCAGUUGUCAGAGCACCUUACCGAUCACUGCACCUGUACACAGCCCUUCUGAAAUUAGCCCACUCAACUACCUCAUCCCCAUAUUGUUAUUUAUUUUGCUCAUUUGCACCCCAGUAUCUCUAUUUGCACAUCAUCUCUUGCACAUCUAUCAUUCCAGUGUUAAUACUAAUUGUAAUUAUUUUGCACUAUGGCCUAUUUAUUGCCUUACCUCCAUAACUUACUACAUUUGCACACACUGUAUAUAUAUUUUCUGUGGUAUUUUUGACUUUAUGUUUUGUUUACCCCAUAUGUGACUCUGAGUUGUUGUUUUUUAUCGCACUGCUUUGCUUUAUCUUGGCCAGGUCGCAGUUGUAAAUGAGAACUUGUUCUCAACUGGCUUACCUGGUUAAAUAAAGGUGAGAAAAAAAAAAGAAAAUUAGUCUAUAAGUCCAAAAAUUGAUGUAGAAACUAGGGAUUCCAGCUUUAAGACCCAGACCACCAGGCUCAGAGACAGUUUCUAUGUACAGGCAGUGCAGAUCAUUUUACUCAGUGGUAAUUCCCAUAGCUACAGUACCUCCUGGGAGAUUCCCCUCCAUGCAGACAACAUUAAGGUCACCCACUCAGCUUUUCUCCCAUGAGUUCCUCUUACAGUUCCUGUUGUAUCUUGUUGGUUGGCUAUUUAAGGUCUGUAGCAAGCCAGAGCAUUUCAUACUUCCCUCCUCACAGAUAGUCAGUCAGACGAACAGACAGAGAGACAGACAGGCAGACGACAGCCAGACAGGCAGACAGGCAGUUAAGUAGACAAGCAGACAGGCAGACAGGCAGGCAGACGGACAGACAUGGCCAGGCUGGACGUGACAGAGACCUUCCAUCACAUCUCAUUCCCUGGGCACAUUCACACCCAGGACUCCCUGAACUAUGCCCUCCACUUCCAGUUCCAGGACAGGGACACAGUCAUUGCCACCUACCCCAAAUCAGGUGAGGAAAGGACAGCUGUCACACACCUGCUCGGUGUCACAACACAUUAGACAUGCUGCAACAAUAGCCAACUACAGUACUUCUCCCUCUUUCACACACUUUGCAGUUGAAGCAGACAGUCAGGGCUUUAAUAACUGCAUAUGUACAGACUAUAGUAGGUUAUUGUAUUGUUACUGUUGGUUUUACUUGUCAUUGAUGAAUUGUUUUCAGGAUACACUUCUCUCAGACCACCUGUCUUUAUUGAACUUGUACUGGUUUAGGGAGGGGUUCAAUGAAGAAAGAGGUAUUAGGUAUAUAGUUCUCUCUCUCACUCUCUCUCUCGCUCUCUCUUUAACUCUCUCUCUUCUUUCUUUCUUUCUCUCUGUGAUCUCUGGUUAAAGGGACUACCUGGAUGCAGGAAGUGGUCACUCUUGUGAAAAACAGAGGGGACCCACAACUCUCCAAAACUGUGCCCAACUGGGCCCGAGCCCCCUGGCUGGAACAGCAUUACUGUGCAAAGGUGCUGGGGGCCUCCCAGGGCCCCCGAAUCAUCACCACUCACCUGCCCUACCACCUGCUGGCCUCUGCCCUCCAGGGUUCCAAAGCUAAGGUAAGAUGUGGUUAUGUUGAAAAUACUAUUCUCAAUGCUGUGAGACAUUUCCUAUUUUGUAAAGCAACUCUAUGGAAAUGAUAUGUUGACAGUUAGUGACACUCUCUCCACCCCAUCUCUUAGGUAAUCUAUGUCGCCAGAAACCCCAAAGAUGUUGCUGUGUCAUAUUACCACUUCCAUAAAAUGGCCAAGUUCCUCCCAGAGCCCAACUCAUUUGAUGAGUUUCUGGAUGGUUUUCUAGAGGGUACAGGUGAGUUGACACUUAAUGAUUUGUACCUUGGGCAGUUCUGGGAUUUAAUCCUCCUGUUAACAGUCAGAUUUAAUCCAAUGUUGACCAUUUUUACAGUGAGUUAUGGGUCCUGGUUCGAUCAUGUGAAAGGCUGGACCAGUCAAGCAGGAGUCUUGGCACAUUUUCUUUAUAUCUCCUAUGAGGAGAUGUGGCUGGUAAGAGAGCUAUUGUCUAUUACUGUCUGCUAUUUAUUGUUGUUGUCAUAAAUUGCUCAGCAAACAACCCAUUACAUUCUCUGCAGUAAAACUUCAGUAAAUGAGGCUCUUCCUCAUAGAAGUUGUCAUCACUAACCAUAUUGUAGACAUGUCCAUUUAAGGACAUCAAAACACAACACUUGUAUCACAGCAGUCUCAUGAGUCUCUAAGGUUGUGUUGACUACAUAAAUAGGCUAGCCUUCAGACAUACACUACCAGUCAAAGGUUUUAGAACACCUACUCAUUCAAGGGUUUUUCUUUAUUUUCACUAUUUCUACAUUGUAGAAUUAUAGUGAAGACAUCAAAACUAUGAAAUAACACGUUUUUUGGUUAAAUCAGAGACAUUAAAAUAUUAAUCAUAGAUUAUAAAUAGACCUUUGUGAGAUGCUAUUUUAAGUGACAUUAGGAUUUAUUCUUGGAGAAUAGGUGCACAUCAAAUACUGCAUGAACAUUGUUUUAGGAAAAAUAAUUGCUUGCAUUGUAGAUAUUCACUGUAUCCAACUUAAUGAGCGUUUGAUCUCUUAGUAUUCCACAAAUAUUGUGGAUAGACUAGACAUAGAGGAUCGAUUCAGCCUCUUGUGAAAACAACCCUCUUUGUCCAUAUCUAUAAUAAGAGAGAGCAUUGACCUUCCUCAGGACCUGCGAGGCUCGAUUGAGAGGAUCAGCUCUUUCCUGCAGAGCCCCCUGGUGGGCAAGGAAUUAACCAGCUCCCUAAGACACUGCAGCUUCAGCAGCAUGAGAGACAAUGCCAUGGUGAACUACACUCUGAUCCCACAGGAGAUCAUGGACCACAACAAAGGCAAAUUCAUGAGGAAAGGUGAGGCUCCCUUGCUCAACAGGAGUACAAUCCUGACUAGAGUUAUGUGUCAGUCAGCGUCAGAAGGAUAGAACAAUGCCAUAGGCCUCCCCUGCACUCACAGUGCUGUGGAGAGAGAUUGGCCAUAAUAAUGAAGUUCUUUUUGCAGGUAAAAUCGGUGACUGGAGAAACACUUUCACAGAGGAGCAGAUUGGUUGUUUCGACACUGUCUACAGCUGCCAGAUGCAAGACUGUCCCCUGACCUUCCUGUGGGAGUGUCCUCCUGAGUCCUGA